GGCGGCAAGGACCGGCACAGCAAGGUGGUGACCUCGCGCGGCCUCCGCGACCGCCGCAUCCGGCUCUCGGUGCAGACGGCCAUUCAGUUCUAUGACAUCCAGGACCGCCUGGGCGUCGACCAGCCCAGCAAGGCCAUCGAAUGGCUCAUCCAAGCCGCCGCCACCGCCAUCGAUGGUCUCCCGUCGCUGGACUGCUCCUUCGCCCUCCCUGUCGCUUCCCCAGCAGCAGAAGACGCCGCGGAGGUCAGCACCUCGGAGACCAGCAAGGGCUCUGUGCUCUCGCUCGCCAACGGCCCUGCCGACAAUGACAAUGCCACUCACCAAGCCAAUGCAUACAACGGGGGCAGUGCCAAUGGCACGUUCGCCGAGCUCCUGCACUGCUCCAACGCUGCCGACAAGCCAAUGCAGCAUCAGCAUCAGCAGCCGACGCUUGCCUACUACGCCGCUCCGGGUUCACACAUCGCACCCAUGUCCUUCGAGAUGAUUCCCCAGCUCACCUUCUCCCAGGACCAGCAACACCGCCACCACCACCACCACCAUGCCUCUGUCGCCUUCGACAGGAGCACACUUCAGUCCAACACCGUCUCGACGCCACAGUGGCCGCCGUCCCAGCACCCGUUUCUGAUGCAGAGGUUCUCUGCUGCUCCAGCCGAGCCUUCGCCUAUGUUUCCCUUCUUUCUUGGAGGCAACAGCGCUUCUGCUGCUGCUCCUGCGGCGGCCAAUGCGCCGGAGCGGAGGCUGCAGCUCUGGGACUUCAAGGAGGAAAGGAAGACAUAAUUUCUUCUUGUAGAGAUUCGGCGGUGUAUCAACCUACCAAGUCAUGAUCCAUUCAGCACAGAAGAACCCAGAACGAGAGAAGAUGCAAGGCAACGAAGGCGUCGGCGCCAUGGAGGCGCGUGGAACACAAAUGCUUAUUAGCUGGAUCUCCAAGUCUUCUCCGCGCGGUUUUCAUUUUGUCACUGUCAUCCUCUGACCUAUGUUUUUUGUGAUCGGAAACCAAAUGUUUUUGAGCUGUACUCUGUUGCUGUGGCCUCCCCCUGCCACUAUCUUUCUCCGUACGAAAACGAUGAAUUUUUUCCUUUUCUGGCGAGGAAUCUUGCAUGAUACUGGUGGCAUAAGAAUUUCUCAUGUACCUGGGGCAUUAGCAGAUGGUAAUCCAAACAUGAAUGAUUUCUUUCACCUGA